CCUCCACAAUCACACCAUCCUUCUCUGCUCUACUCUGCGCCCCCGCUCCUGUUCUGCUCUGCUCCAUUGCCUUCCUUUCUCUGCCGCGAGGAGCUAGCUAGAGAGAAAGAAAGAAGCUUGCCGGAGUCGGAGAAGGGGAGGGAGAGGGAGGAUGUCGGACUGGGGGCCGGUGGUGAUCGCGGUGGUGCUGUUCGUGCUGCUGUCGCCGGGGCUGCUGCUGCAGCUCCCCGGGAAGCACCACUUCGUGGAGUUCGGCAACAUGCACACCAGCGCCAUGGCCAUCCUCGUCCACGCCAUCAUCUACUUCGCCCUCAUCGCGCUCUUCGUCAUCGUCAUCGGCGUGCACAUCACCACUGACUAGAGACCGGCUGAGCUCCAUCACCCCGGCCGGCCAGCUCCAAUUAAGCUGCUCUUCCCCUUCUUCCGUUUUCUUUUUUUCAUCCGAUCCAUCUGACUCCUGCCUAUCUUCUGUUCUGUUCUGCUCUUGCUGCUUGCAACUACUUGUAGUAGUACAUGUGAUCAUGUUUGUUUGUUGCCGCGUAUGUAGCUUCUUGAUUAAUAAAGAGAUGUGUUUACUCAA